AUGUCGGCUAUUACAACAUUAAAUCCAAAAGCUGAAAGUGCUCGUCAAGCACAAGCUUUAGCUAUUAAUAUUUCAGCAGCUCGUGGUUUAGCAGAAAUGCUUAAAACAAAUUUAGGUCCAAAAGGAACAAUGAAAAUGCUUGUAUCAGGUGCUGGUGAUAUUAAAAUAACUAAAGAUGGAUGUACACUUCUUCAUGAAAUGCAAGUUCAACAUCUAACUGCUCAAGAUGAUAUAACUGGUGAUGGAGCAACAUCAAUUGUAUUAUUAAUUGGUGAAUUACUCAAACAAGCCGAUCUUUAUAUUUCUGAGAUUGUUGUUGAUGCUGUAUUAGCUUUGAAUGAACCAGGUAAACCAACGGAUUUAAAUAUGGUUGAAAUCAUGGAAAUGCAACAUCGUACUGAAGGUGAUUCACGUCUUGUACGUGGUAUUGUUCUUGAUCAUGUUAAUGCUGGUUUCUUUUAUAAAAAUGCUGAAGGACGUGAUCGUCUUGUUACAUCAGAACGUAAAUCUAUUGAUGAUCAUGUUCAAAAAAUAGUUGAACUUAAACGAAAAGUUUGCUUGGGUGAUGAUAAAAAUAAAAUAUUUGUUCUUGUUAAUCAAAAGGGCAUUGAUCCAUUGUCACUUGAUAUCUUGGCUAAAGAUGGAAUUUUAGCAUUAAGACGUGCUAAACGUCGAAAUAUGGAACGUAUUACAUUAUCAUGUGGAGGAGAAGCAAUGAAUUCAGUUGAAAAUUUAACAAAAGAUUGCCAUGGUUUUGCUCAAGAUGCUUUGGGUGAAGAAAAAUUUACAUUUAUUGAGCGUUGUAAAAAUCCAAAAUCCGUAACAGUUUUACUCAAAGGUUCAACAAAAUAUAUAUUAAAUCAACUUAAAGAGAUGCACUUCGUGAUGGUCUUCGUUCAAUAA